AAAACAAACAAUCGCUGAUCCCAAAAACAUCACGCCCCCUACGCACGCGCGCGCGCUCUCUCCGGAUCCGGUGCUCGGCGGUGAGCGAUGGCGCAACCGGCGGCGGCAAAGAUCGGAGGCUUCGGGCAGUCGCUGACGGGGAUCAUAAGGAUGGCGGUGAUGUGGUACUUCGCCAUGAAAUUCUUCUCUCCGAAGAAACCCCCCUCGGAUCCUUCUCAGCUCAUCAACAAUUUGUUCCAGAAAGGCGAGCCCUUGGACAUGUGGCUAUAUCUAUCUGAAAAGGAGAAGUUUAAUGACUUUGACAAUGAGAAUGCUCUCAUAUGGCACGAGAAAAAUAUUCCCUAUGCAAUUUGGGGACCAACUAGCAGCAGGUCUCUUUCGUUGAAAUUUACACCAUCAGAGGCUCUUAAACACAAUGGGAGCCUCUAUGCCCAUGUUUUCUUUGCUCGGUUGGGUUACCCUCCAGAUCCCAGUGAUCCUGAGUAUCAGCCGGGUGCUACAUUUGGGAGAACACAUGCUGUCGCAACAUAUUUGCCCAAGUCUAAAGCGGAUAAAAGGAGAAGCUUGCUGGGAAGCCAAAAAGGGGCUGAGAAUGAACAUAUGAUGACUGAGGUGAAGGAAGGUCUACAAGACAAUAGCAAGGAUGAGGUCCCUGUGGAAUGGGUUUCUUAUUGGAAACCAAAUAUCACAAUUAAUCUCGUUGAUGAUUUCACAAGUUACCCACAUAACGCCAUUCCUUCGGUUGUUGCUCCCUACUUGAACGUGGAUCCACUAUCAGGGGAUUAUUAUCCUAUGGUCUUCUUCAAUGAGUUUUGGCUUCUGAGGGAUAAACUGAUAGCUUUGAACGAUACUGUGACAGAACUACCCCUUAACUUGGAACUUGCUCCAAUAAGCAUGACUAAGUGGCAGUUUUUUCUACAGAUAGAACAAUCCUUCCAGGUUCACCGAAGUUAUGGAAGUAUGCUUGAAGGCGAGGCUGAUGAACUUAAGAGGGUUUUCUUGGAGGGAAAUCCAUACCUCCUGGUAGUAACCAUGGCCGUAUCUCUGCUACACUCUCUAUUUGAUUUCUUAGCAUUCAAGAAUGAUAUCCAAUUUUGGAAUAAAAACAAGUCAAUGGAAGGAUUAUCAGCAAAAUCAGUUGUCGUGAGCUUUAUUAGUCAGCUAAUCGUUUUCUUAUACCUCCUUGACAAUGAUACAUCUUGGAUGAUCCUUGCCAGUUCAGGGGUUGGUUGCUGUAUAGAGUUUUGGAAAAUUGGCAAAGCCAUGCAUAUUGAGAUUGAUAGAAGCGGAAGAAUACCGAUGUUGAGAUUUCGAGAUCAUGAUUCAUAUGCAAAGAACAAAACCAAGGAGUACGAUGAUCUUGCCAUGAAAUAUCUAUCUUAUGUUCUUUUGCUUCUUGUUGCUUGCUCUUCUGUCUAUUCGCUCAUGUAUGAAAGGCACAAAAGCUGGUAUUCUUGGAUACUUUCAUCUCUCACAAGCUGCGUAUACAUGUUUGGUUUUAUCAUGAUGUGCCCCCAGCUAUUUAUAAACUACAAGCUGAAGUCAGUUGCACAUCUGCCAUGGAGACAGAUGACCUACAAAUUUCUGAACACAAUCAUUGACGAUCUCUUUGCAUUUGUCAUCAAGAUGCCAAUUCUACAUCGUCUUUCAGUUUUUCGUGAUGAUGUUAUUUUCUUGAUAUAUCUAUAUCAGAGGUGGGUAUAUCCAGUUGAUAAUAAGCGUGUCAAUGAGUUUGGUUUUGGAGGGGAAGAUGAGGACCAGAGCGUGAUCACCUCCAGCUCAGAUGCCGUUCAGAACGGCGACGAGAGUACCGAAGGUGACAAGAAAACCAAUUGAUCAUUCAGGCAGUUGCAUACUUUUGAGAUGGAUCGGUAUAGAGAAGCAUUGCGUUAUUGUCAAUCCAACCCUGUUGAAAAUUUAAUUGCAGACGCAUUUUUUUUUACUGAAAGAAGUGGAUACAAAUUAUCAGGAUAAACUCUACUAACCAUCCUGUAGUGUUGUCUUCUAUAAAUUCAUGCAAUGUUCUUAUAUAUUUCUAGGUAUUUUGCUGAUUUCUCAGCGGGAUUGUAAUUAGAUCAAAUUUUGAAUAUUGCUUUUAGUGUAACACAUCAACUAUUAUAUUCUAUUCCUCAUAAAGUUAAAAGUGGUGUGCAAUGUUUCAAGAUA